AUGUGGCUCGAUUCUACACGGGGGAUACGGUUCGAUGAGAUUGGUGCUUUAUUUUUUGUUCAACAACUGUCCAUCUCACUGGACAGAAUUACUCUAACCAGGUCAUUGAGUCUUGGAGUAUUUAUUUGUAUCAAGUGUUCUGGAGUCCAUAGAAGCCUUGGAGUGCAUAUAUCAAAGGUCUUAUCAGUGAAGCUAGAAGAGUGGACAGAUGAACAGGUUGAUUUUUUGUCUGAUAGGGGUGGCAAUGCUGCGGUAAAUAUGAGAUAUGAAGCUUUCUUGCCUGAAAAUUUGAAAAAGCCAGGACCAGAUUCUUCUAUAGAGGAACGCUCUGAUUUUAUCAAGAGAAAAUAUGAGCUGCAACAAUUUUCAAACUCUGGUGGGUUGAUUAUAUCUACAACGCCUGGUAGUUUGAGCACAGCUUUGCAGAACAAUGUUUCCAGUAAAAGCUUUGAGAAACAACACACUGGCCUUCGUUAUGGACUAGGUCAUGCAUUCCAAAAUAGCUGGAGAAGGAAGGAGUCUGAGCAGAAGGCAAUAAAAAAAAUGAUGGGUAUGAUUGAAUUUGUUGGUUUGAUCAAGGUCAACAUUAUAAGAGGUACCAAUUUAGCCGUUCGAGAUGUGAUGACUAGCGAUCCUUAUGUUAUCCUCAAUUUGGGACACCAAUCAAUGAAAACACGGGUGAUAAAGAGCAACUGGAAUCCUAUAUGGAAUGAAAGCCUGAUGUUGUCAAUUCCAGAUCCCAUCCAACCUCUGAAGCUG